AUGGAGGUAAAAAGAACAUCUAAUGUUCAGGAUAUUAAGAAACAAACAUUGACGUCUGAUAAAUAUAAAAAAGUAACAAGAGACAAAGAGAAUAAACCACCAAAUAUAAGUAAAAAGAGUAUCACAUUUGAUUGCGAAUCUUCUGACACCGAUGAAGAAGUCGUUUAUGCUGAUAGUGAUAAUAGUCCCUAUAUUAAUGAAGAAAGUAACUCGCUAUCAUCGGACAUUACAACAAAACCCAAAAAUAAAGUCACUAUUUUAUCGGAUAUAAGAUUGCAUUCAGACAAUCAACGAUACUUUAAUUUUGCUUUACCAGGAGUCUCGUCAAUACAUAAGAUUGAUCCUACCCAUGAUAAUUUAUAUUUAUCUAAAAAUAAUAAUCGAAAUGAUUCCAGUGACAAUGACUCAAAUAUUGAUAUCUUUUAA